AUUACAGGCUUUUAUCGUGUAAAUUACAACAAUCGCGGAUGGGAAAACAUUUUAUAUGCCUUAAAAAACGAUGAUCUGAAUAAUAUUCAUGUGUUAAAUAGAGCUGCAAUUGUAGACGAUCUGUUGAAUCUGGGUAGAGCAGGGUAUUUGAAUUAUGUUACGGUUUUCGAUGGACUGCGUUAUCUCUCGAAGGAAACACAUUACCUACCUUAUAAAGCAGCAUUUAAUGGUUUGGAAUUUCUAAAUAAGCGAUUUACUGGAUCAGUGGAAUACUUAUUUAAGGCAUACGUCGAGUCUCUUAUCGCAAAUGUACACCUCCGUCUAGAAUAUGAUGAUAACGAAAAUGAUGACAGAUUAACGAUUCUGUUACGACGAGAUGUGAAUAAUUGGCUUUGUAAGCUCGACAAUAAGGAAUGUGUAACGACUUACACAGAGAAAUUUAAAGCGUGGAGGACAAAUUCUACUGCCCG